AAACAAACCAGCACCCUCGAGUGUCCGCCAGGAGGCGCAGGGGGCAGCGUGGGACCUGCGGUACCUCCACGGUUGUAGAGGUGUAGAGGGAUGCGGCAGCGACGGAACCGGGCUUCUUUUUUAAAGAAUCAAUGUGAGGGAAGGGUGCAGAGCCGCGUUAUUUCAGGGAGACAUUGUCGCACUCCCCCUCCCGCGUAUAGGUAGCAUCUGGGGUGCGUGCGCCCUGUUCGCAGACCCCAUGGAGAGACGCUGGCGGCGGCAGAUGGGGCUCCUUUCGCGGUUGCAGCCAGCAGUAACCCGACCCCGCCGGCGCAGAGACUGAAGAAGCGCAGGGGACAGCGGCGAGCUGCGAACAAAAGCCCUUGGCGCGGGGCCGAAGCCCAGGACGCGGGAGAUUCCAACAAAGGACGGGGCUCAGCCAUGGUGGACCCGGUGCCUGAAGAAGAGAAGGCAGGAGCGGAGCCCGGCGACUCCGGAGGGGACGAGGCCGCGGCGUCCGUGCCCCCUGAUGCCCAGGGCGCCCAGGAGCCCGCAGCCUCCUCGGCCUCGGCCUCCGCGGCGGUGCCCCGCAAGACGGAAGUCCCAUGUGCAGCCGCAGAAGGCGGGCGGCGGGAGCAGUCCCCGCUGCUGCACCUCGACCUCUUCAACUUCGACUGCCCGGAGGCGGAGGGCAGCCGCUACGUGCUGACCAGCCCCCGCUCGCUAGAGGCCUGCGCCCGCUGUGCGGUCAAACCGGUGGAGCUGCUGCCACGGGCCCUGGCCGACCUGGUGCGCGAGGCUCCGGGCCGCUCCAUGCGGGUGGCCACCGGCCUGUAUGAGGCCUACGAGGCGGAGCGGCGCGCCAAGCUGCAGCAAUGCCGGGCCGAGCGCGAGCGCAUCAUGCGCGAGGAGAAGCGGCGUCUUUUCACGCCUUUGGGCCCCGCGGCCGCCGCCGCCGCAGCCGCCGCAGCCGCAGCCUCGGCCCCGAGCGCAGGCAGCAGCAGCAGCUGCAGCAGCGCCAGCCUCCCGGCCUCGCCCGCGCCGCGUGCUGCCCGCAAGGCUUCCCCCAGUCCCUCCUCCGCCCAGACCCAACCUCCGCCAGCGGGUUCUCGGACAGGCAGGAAGAGCCAUUCGCUGGACUCACUGUCCCGCCGGCGUGAGGGCGCCCUCAGCUCCGAGUCGGGGGCAUCGUCGUCAUCCUACAGUGGGGAAAGCCUGAGGGAGCUGCGCUGGCCGCCUCGGGCCUCAGCCAGGAACAGCUGCCCGGCGGGGUCGGCGUCCUCCACUACCAACGCUCCGGGCCGCCCGUCCGCCCUGACCCUGGUUCCGAUCACCGGCCGCAGCUUCAGCCUCGGGGACCUGAGCCAUUCGCCGCAGACCGCUCAGCACGUGGAGCGCAUCGUGCGCCAAGUGCGUGCCGAACGCGGCCUGCGCGGGGUGCCGGAGCGUGAUCGGAAGAUAGCGGCGCUCAUGCUGGCGCGGCACCAGGAGGAGCUCCUGCUGCUAGAGCAACGCGCGGCGGCCCACGGCCAGUGGGAGCUGCAGCGCGUGCACGCCGAGCAGCGGCGGGAGCGCGAGGAGCGGGAGAAGCAGCGCGCCCUAGAGCAGGGCCGCCGAGCCUGGGCCGCGCAGGUGGAGGAGCGGCGAGGCCGCCGUGGCCGCGAAGAGCGCGAGGCGGCACGGCGGCGGCAGCGGCAGUACGAGCGCAGCGAGGAGCGGCGGCGGGAGCUGGCCGAGCGCCAGGGCCUACUGCGGCGAGAGCGGGCGGAGCGCGCGGCCCGGGAGGAUCGGCUUCGCAAGCUUCAGCAGGAGCAGAACCUGAAGCAACGUGAGGAAGGCCUACAGGAAGGGCGGGAGCGGGCCGAGCAGAUCCGCAGGGAGCGCGCCCAGCGCGCGGCCCGCGCCAAGCAACGGCAGGAGGGCCAGCUGCAGCGGGAGAAGCGGGAGCUGAGCCGGGCGGAGCGGGCGCGCCACGAGGCGCUGCUACAGGGCCGGACCCGGCAGCAGCGCCAGGAGCGAGAGGGCCUGCGGAGCUCGCUGGAAGCCAGCUUGGGCCGUGCGCAGGAGAACUACGAGCAUUUGGUGGAGCAGCGCACCCGGGAGCUGCGGGAGCGGGCCCGGCGAGAGGAGCUGCAGGGUCGGCGGGCCAAGGAGGCGGCAGAGCGCAAAGAGCGGGAACAUCAGGCGCACCUGGAGGCGCUGGCGCGGGCGGGGGAGCGACGGCUGCAGCACGCGACGCAGGUGGCGGAGGAAGCAGUGCAGCAGAAGGCGCGGCGCGUGGGCCAGAGCCGGCUGGAGAAGGAACGAGCCCAGCGCGCCAACAAAGAGAAGGUGGAGAGGGACGAAGACUGCCGCCGGCGAGAGCUACUCCAGGCCAUCGGGCGCAAGCUGGAGCGCAGCGAGCAGCUGUCGCGGGAACGGCGCAGUGCGCUGGAGAGCGCCCGCUCCACAGCCCGGGCCUCCUUCCACGUGCGCGAGAAGGUGCGCGAGGAGACCAACACGCGCUCCUUCGACCGCAUGGUGCGGGAGGCCCAGCUACACGCCAGCCUGGACCGCAAAUAACUGCGGCUCUUCGCCAGCCAGAUUGGCACGCACAGCCCCCUGGGGCCUCCCUCGACCACUUUGACCAUCGUGGGAGUGCCCGCUCGGUGCGCAGCGCGGUGGUCUCUCGAGGCUUCUGACCAAUGAGGCAACAACAGUACAGACGUGUGGGACCUGUCAGCUGGCCCCCUUUGUUUUUAAAACUUACUUCGUUUGGAGAUGACAGCACAAUCUGCCCACAUCCACCCUUGAUGGCUCCUGCACCGACCCUUGUCAAACUUCCCUAUGUGUCUCUUGGGCUGGAAUAGAGAAGCUUGGGGGAAAGGGGCUGAUCAGGACUGGUGAGAGGCCCCCCCCAGGAGAGGGCAGAGGUGGUUGUCCCCACCCCUUCUGCAGCAGUUGCCCCAGGCACGUGUUCGACAUUGGUGUCUGAGACAGAGUUGCUACUGCUGAGGGAACAUCACCCUGGCUCACCUCCAUCUUUCAAAAUAUGGCAAGCUGCACAAAGAGCGGAGGCCUCCCAGAAAAACACAGCUCCUCCAAGGUGUCAAGCCACGCCCAAAUGAUCCAAAAAGCAGUUGAUUUUUUAGACCUGACUUUUAAUCGGCCACCUGAGCAAAUUCUCACCAGUUUUGAUAGUUUCCAUUUCAGUCCCUUGGGUUUUCUAGUUAGACAAUCAUCUGCAGAUAAUGUUCAAUUUUUGUCCUUUCCCCCCUCCAUCCUUAUUCUACCAAGUGGCACAGGAAGUUGGUUGGUUUGGUGAUGCUGUUUAGCUUUAAUAGAAACCCCCAGCCCCUGGAGGGGUUGGAUUCCUUUGGCAGCAGUGCUCCAUUCCAUUAAGCUUCCUUGCAGGGUGGGGCCCACUCCAUGAAGACAGCAGUCAUGCCUUAAGAAGCAGAGCUACCUUACGUGCCUGCCCAAGGCUGUUCCUGCCUAAAUCUCCAGCCCUGCAUGCAGUCUCAAGGGUGGGCCCUAGAGAGUUUGGAGUGUAGGAUUCCCUCUGUGAAGGAAUCAUCUCUACUUCUCUGAGGACAAUUAGGGUAUCCUUGGCUGCUUUACUGUGGUGGCGGAAGAGCUGGAAUUGCCUCUUUGUUGAGAGUUGUGUUCACUAUCAACGGCCGUGUACCUUCUCCACCUGCCCCCAGGAAAAAGAGUCUCCCCCUUAAAUUUCCUGGUACCCCCUCACCUAUGCCUGAAAGUAUUUCACCCUCUCAAUGCCUCACCUUUCCCAUUCACCAGAUGGGACCAUCAGUGUUCCUCUUCUGGUACCACAAGGCCUCCUGGAUCCAAAGCACCAUGUCAGUAUUAUUUGUUGGUCCUUUUUGUGCCUUUCUCGACCUGGAGGGGAAGGCAGGAGGAUUGGUGUCAGCCUAGUUUCUUUCUGGGAAUAUGAAUCCCUAGUGUUGGAAGGGGCAGUGCAUCGUGGACAGAUGAUCAUUUAGCCUCUGGGGUGAAAUACUUGCAAUACCAGGUCACUCCGUGGUCCAAAAGGUCACAUUUAGUUGUCAUCAGGCAAUUUUAACCCUUAGAGUGCUUCCCUUCCAUUAAGCUGAAAUUGCCCCACUGCCAUAUCCACCCAUUGACUCUGCCUUCAUCAAGGAAGGUGGGAAGUAAGACAUCACUUUUUACAUUAAACCAGGAUCAGGAAUAAAAAGUUACCAAAAAAAAAAAAAAGGAAACAGGGUAGAAAACUACUAUAUUAAACAUAUUUCAGAUAUAUUCUGCUGGGUAAAAUUGUCCCUGAAAUGGCUGAUUAUUACACACACAUCCAUACACACACACACACACUCUUUGUCAACCCUUCACCCUCACCCCAUCACAUGCCAACAAAUAUAAAAGUUGUAUUGUGUAGAAGGAAGCAGUGCUUGGGUGUUAGGCUUAAGAUGUCAUGAAACAAGGAAAGGAGCUGUGUACCGAGGUUUUUUUUUUUGAAUGGGUUAAUUUUUCCCUUAAAUUUUCUUCUUGUUGGUAACCAGGUUGUCAGUGAGUUGAAAUAAUUGGUAUUAUCCAUGAGUCAGAAGCAUUUAACUAAAAGGUUAAUGUGAUUCUGGUUCUUACCUUGUGGUUCUUGAGUUGGUAAAGGGCUUUUGAAACCAUAGAAAAUUCCACUUUAAAACUACUUCCUUCCAAAGUAUGUUCAUUCGUUGGAGAAGACAAUCUGAUUUUUCAGAUAAGGCACUGAAAGGAACAUAGGUGGUCUUGCCUGGACCUUUACCCAGUUUGUUUUCUGGGUUACUGAGUGACUUUGGGUAGAUUGCUUCUCUGUGCCUUGGUUUCCCCAAACUGUAGAAUGGGGGAUCAUGAUUUCUGCCCUGUCACACAAACACUGUGAGAAUGAAUCAGAAUCCAGAUGGGUUCCCCAGUUCUACAACUCUGGAACCAAAGGUGCAAUUGCUAUAAACAGGAAGGGUCAUGUAACUCUACCAUGGUCACAGAGUGUGAUGUACUGUCAUGACCUGGUGCAGAAAGGAGUAGUCUUGAAAAGCACAAAUUAUAGUAUCUCAUGUGUUGCAAAGGCCCAGGCCUGAAUCUCACCAAAUUAGAAGUUUGCACUUAGAGAGACGCACUGUGUAAAGGCAGAAACUUUUAGAUUCUUCAAAAAACAAAAAUCCAUAUAGCCAAGUAGAAUUAAGGCAAAAACAGGGCUGGGUAUGGUGGUACAUGCCUGUAAUCCCAACACUUUGGGAGUCCAGGGUAGGAGGAUCACUUGCAUCCAGGAGAUCCAGACCAGCCCGGGCAACAUAGUGAAACCCUGAAAAAAAAAGCAAAAACAGAAGCCAAACCUAGUGACAAUAAAGAAUGUUCCAGACCAUCUGCUAGAGUAUAGGCCAACCUCCAUAUUCUAGGAUAAAUAUCCAUAUUGCUUUCUGAGGAGAAGCAAUUUCCAGAAUCAUUGUCGGGCCCCUUGUUUAUAUCCUUUUCUUGAAGCAACGCCAGAGAGAAGAGGUUGUUUCCUAUUCUGAAAUGCAGCAAGAGAAUGUUGGAGGUGGAACAAGGAUAGUGGGUGGAAAAAUGGCUCCUGAUGUAUAUUCUUCUGGGUGGAAUUGUCCCUAAAUGAUAUUCUAACAAGUGCCCAGAAUUUGCUUUAGAGCACCAUGCUGGAUGUGUUCUUACCACCCAGGGGACUGCAGCCUUGAAGUGACCACAGACCUUCACAUUUGUCCUCUUGGAGCAUCCCCUUGUUCUACAAAACAGAGACUGUGAAAUGAAGUGAGGAGGUAUGGGAGGCAUUGGAAGAAGCUUAGGUUUAGUUCAUUACCACGGAAGCAAGAAGGACAAAACUAUUUCAGAUGAAAUCAUCAGUGAAGCGUAGUUUAGUGUCCUGCUCAGGCAGUGACCCAAUGCCUACAAUCCUAUCUAGACAGGAUGGUGGAAGAUUCUUUUUGGAAGCAUGCGGACUGUGACUCUCCAAUGAGGGCAGUAACCAGGAUUUGCUAAAGGCAAAUACUCUGUGGGAUAGUGAAGAUAUAUGAGAAUGCAGUCUGUGUUCAGGCUAUUCUGUGAAAUCCACCGUUUAUCAUUUAUUCACCUUUACAAAGUCCAUUGAAAUAGAGGUAACUCUAAAUAAAGGGCUGUAUCUUGUUUAGCAUAGAAUCCCCUACAGCCAGUGGUUUUACAUCUCACAUAUGGUAAGCACGUAGAUACUGGAUGGAGAGAAGGACAGAGGGAUGAAUGGACAAACAAAUGGUGACCAGAGGAAGUGUGUAUAGGCCAGCUAGGCAGGACUCCAUUCAUUCAACACAUUUUCAGUGAGCCCCUGCUAUGUGCCAGGCACUGCCCUUGGUACUGGAGAAACAGCCUUUCUGAUCAUUGACCCUGGAGAUCACGUAUGUACAAUGUCAUGAGCAGAUGACAUCUUUGUUUUUAUGUUGGGCUUAAUAACUUUCUCACCUGAGUAAUCUGUAGGCAGACCUGAUGGUCCCUCAAGGCACUAACUUCAAACAUUGUCAGCUUCCUAAGGACAAGUCAUCCACCAUUCAAUCAUCAUUUAGUCACUGUUGCUCUCUUUCUUGGAGAAACCUUGAUUAAUCAGGUCAAAUUCAUGCCAUGCACUUAAUCAGCUUUAAAUUUCAGUAAACAAAGAAAGAGAGAUAAACUGAGAGAGAGAGAUGAAUCACCUUCAAGGGCAUUGCCUGUCAUGCCUUUAAGAGAGGCAGCAUAAAUAAUGAUCUUCGACCUAGAGAACCGAGCCUCAGGCUGUGCAGAGUCCUAAUUCACCAAACGUCAUUUGGUACCAGCUCCAUCAUCUGACUGUUCUUGCUGAGACAAGAAAGUCAAAAUUGCAGGACCAUUUCCAGUUUAAAAGUCUCAACAAAAAGAAAUUUCUGGUCAGUACUGAAUCCAUAAAAAGAUUUAGUAAACCAGAAUAUCCCACUUCUUAAGCCUUUCAGAUAAUUGAGCCCAAAGAUUGCUCUGUAGGCUUGUCUUUUCUCUGCUGUAUGACCACAUCUUCAUCCAGCGAAACAUUCAGCAGAGGAACAUGAGGAAGCUUGGUAUUUCUUCACACAGCCUGCGAAGGGGCUUUCAGGGACCCAGAAGCAGAAAACUCUUAGUUCUAGAAAUGUUGUUUAGGCCUUGGGUGUCUGGCAUAGCACCUGAAUAUUACACCUCAUCAUAUGCUUUGGUUAUGUGUGUUUAGACAAGAGCAGUUCUUCGGUUCAUAUGUGCUCUGUUACACAGAGUUCCCUGGCAUCUCUCUCACAUGCACCUCCUCCCAACCCCAUGGGUCUUCCCAACCAGCCCCCAGCCCUUCAUUACUAUCCCUGGUGCUGCUUUGGUUUCCCGUAGUUCAGGGCUGGGACAGAGGGUAGAGUUCUUGGCCAGUUUUCAAUGCUGCCACUCUUAAAAGUCAUGACAGGCAAUACCCUUGAAGGUGAUUCAUCUCUCUUUCUCUGUCUCCCUCUCUGUCUCUGUCUCUCUCCCUCUAUCUAUCUUUUUACUGUAGCAGAUGUUGGGAUAUGGAAUGUGGGAUGGUUUCUUUCAGAGAAACGCUGAUAAUGUCAUCAUUUGCAGUGUUAUUACUUCCCAAUUCAUCAAAUACAGUCAUGUCUCAAAUGAGCACAAAAACCUAGUCCAAAGUGAUUUUUAAAUUAGCUGUCAUUUUGAAGUGUUCUUGCCUUUCUUCCUCUCCACUAGUACAAUUUUUUGUUUGUUUGUUUUGGUUUGGUUUUGAGACAGUCUUGCUCUAUCACCCAGGCUGAAGUGCAGUGGCGCCAUCUGGGCUCAUUGCAACUUCCGUCUCCUGGAUUCAAGCAAUUCUCAUUCCUCAGCCUCUCAGGUAGCUGGGAUUACAGGUGCAUGCCACCACACCCAGCUAAAUUUGUAUUUUUAGUAGAGAUAGGGUUUCACCAUGUUGGCCAGGCUGGGCUCAAACUCCUGGCCUCAAGUGAUCCAUCCACCUCAGCCUCCCAUAGUGCUGGGACUAUAAGCCAUGGCGCCCACCCCUCCAUUAGUACAGUAUUGAUGGCAUAUUUUUGUGUCAGACACUUACACAGUUCACAGGACUUUCUUGUGAAUGAUCCAUAUCUUCUGUGAGCACACAUGUGCAAGCGUGCAUGCACAUACACAUGCACACGCCCACCCUUACUGCUUCCAGCAUCAGUGUUCUUGCAAAGGGAGGAACUACAGCCAUCUUAUUCUUCCAGGGAGGGCUAAGCUCUGGGAAGGCUGAGCUGCCCCUUGUAAGAUUCCAUUGCUCCCACCUGCCUCCAGCCCCAAGGCUGCUUCAGGCUGUGGCUUGUGAGCAUGGUGUUUGCAUCUCCCAAAUCCAUCAUCGAGCCUCAUGUUGAUGAAGGGUUUUCAUGCUGCCACUACACUUCUCCUUCCCAGUGCAUUCUCUCACUGGGUGUCAGAGAUUUACUAGGAAAUAGAAUUUAGAUACCAAAAUGCCAACAUUCAUGAACAUAGCAUAACAGAAUGACUGAUGUCCACCAAAUUCUGAAAAUCUAUUCCAUGUGGUUAUCACAACUUAAGGCAAAGAGUUUGGCAAAGGAGCAAGUGUCUUGACUUAUUCAAGCUAUUCUCGACUCGUUCCUCUUGUCCUCUGUGAAAUGGAGACAAUAGAUCCUAUUUGGUAGGGAGUUGUUAAAUCAUUUAGUUCUUGGAAAGCAGUAGCACUCAAUUUGUGGAUACUGUUAUCCUAAAUUAGAGAAGAUGUUAAAGGAAGGAAUGGGGUAGAUCGAGCUUACGCCAGGUGGUCCUGGUGGACACCAGGCUUGAAUGGUAGCCCUUUUGGGGGUAGUCCUUGCUGCGUGGCAAUCUUCAAACCAUUCCAAAUGAGGGGCUCUGGAAAAAUGGUUCCCCUGGUAAUAAGCAGUAGUCCUGGGGUUGUGGGGGCUGGGGGGAGGUAGGGAUUUACUUGUUUACCCAUUUACCUUGUUUGGCAAUAAAAUUGACAUGUGAUAAUAA